GUGGGGGGGGGAAGCAGUGCGCUUGCGCGGUGCGCGGCUCCCCGGCAGCCAGGCGGGUCCCGGCCGGGCGCUAGGCCGCGGCGGAGCCGGGGGCUCGCGUAGAUGUGCAGCCCGGGGAGGGAGCCGCCUGGGCCGGCCCCGGCGGGGGACCUGCCGCCCGAGUGGGAGACGGACGACGAGCGUAUGGCCUUCCUGUUCUCGGCCUUUAAGCAGAGCCGCGAGGUGAACAGCACCGAGUGGGACAGUAAGAUGGCUUUCUGGGUCGGGCUGGUGCUGGCCCGCGGCCGCCGGCGGGGAGCGGUGCGGACCUGCCUGCGAGAGCUGCAGCACGGCUUCGAGCGGCGCGGCAGCCUCCCGCUGGGCCUCGGCACCGUCCUCCGGGAGCUCCUCAGGCGUGGCAAGAUGCAGAGGGAGUCGGACUUCAUGGCCAGUGUAGACAGCAGCUGGAUCUCCUGGGGUGUGGGAGUCUUCAUUUUGAAGCCCCUCAAGUGGACUCUCUCCAGCGUGCUGGGUGACAGUAAGAUACCUGAAGAAGAGGAAGUUCUGAUUUAUGUGGAGCUGCUUCAGGAGAAGGCAGAGGAAGUUUAUCGCCUCUAUCAGAACUCUGCACUUUCUUCUCACCCUGUUGUUGCCCUCUCGGAGCUGCGUUCCCUCUGUGCCAGUGUUUGCCCGGAUGAAAGGACGUUCUACUUGCUGCUUCUCCAGCUGCAAAAGGAAAAGAGGGUCACGAUCCUGGAACAGAAUGGAGAGAAGAUAGUGAAGUUUGCCCGAGGGCUUCAUGCCAAAGUCUCCCCGAUGAAUGAUGUGGACAUUGGAGUUUAUCAGUUGAUGCAGAGUGAGCAGCUGCUGUCACAGAAGGUGGAGUCCCUUUCCCAGGAAGCAGAGAAGUGUAAAGAGGAUGCCCGGAGUGCUUGUAGAGCUGGGAAGAAACAAUUGGCACUGAGAUGUUUGAAGUCCAAACGAAGGACAGAGAGGCGCAUUGAAGAGCUUCACUCCAAGCUGGAUGCAGUGCAGGGGAUCUUGGACAGGAUUUACGCCUCCCAGACUGACCAGAUGGUAUUUAAUGCCUACCAGGCUGGUGUGGGAGCUCUGAAACUCUCAAUGAAGGAUGUUACUGUGGAGAAGGCAGAGAAUCUGGUGGAUCAGAUACAAGAGCUUUGUGAUACUCAAGAUGAAGUAGCCCAGACUCUGGCUGGAGUGGGGAUCAAUGGUCUAGCAGAGACGGACACUGAGGAGCUUGAGAAGGAGCUGGACAGUCUCCUGCAGGACUCGGCUAAGGAGCCUGUGGAUCUGCCUCCUGUUCCCCAGAAGGUGCUGAAUCCACCCAUUUCUGAUGCUGAGCUGGAAGCUGAACUGGAGAAGCUCUCUGUGUCUGAUGGAGAUUUGGCACAAAAGACUCCCUCUACUUCCUCUGAACCCAAAACAGCUCUGGGACUGAAUCUCUAAAGACCCAACAGCAUCCUGUUGCUGCAGUGUGAGAAGUUGUCUUAAGGUUCCUUAACUAAUGACUAGAACUUCUGGGGAGAGGGGUACCACUCCCCUGUUCUUCAUGGAUAUCACUUUGCUCAGCAACAGGAUCUCCUGCCAUGACAAUCCACUCUGGAACUGGCCCCAGCUGGUGUUUGUCAUCUCUGUGCCAACAUCUGCGCUGGUCUUAAUUUGACUUGUGAUCCCAAGUCACUGCAACAUCCAGUCUUCCCUCUGGGAAUGCCCUUCACUAUUCUGCCCAGCGAAGAUAAACUCUUCCAUGUCCAUAACAGUGCUCGUUUUUCAUUUUCCCUUUGCUGUGGCUGAUGUUGAGAACCUGAGUUGCAGCAGUAUUGCAGUUGCUCAACAUUUGGCUGUUUGUGUGGUUGUUUAAAACACUUGGCACCUGAGUACUGUCCUUGCCAGAAGUUACCUGCAACAAGCUUACACACCCGUUGGUAGUUCUAUCCCUCCCUGUCUGUAUUCUGCACGGUCGUGGGCAACUAGACACUGUAAGUGUUCAAUUGUAGGAGAUUUUGUUGCUGCUCUAGAGGGCAGCAAUUGCAAGCACAAGACAAAAAGAAUUCCUCUUUCUGUAAUGACAUUAAGGCCUUAAAAGGGAGACCUGCAAAAGAUCUUGAGCUGAAGGUGGUCCUGAUGCUGCUGGUUGGGACACAGGCUCGUGGGUGCUGCGCUACCACUUGCUGCUCGCUCUGACUUGAAACCUGAGCUAUUUUUGUAUCUUCCCUGCUUGCAAAAUUUGCUGGAAGUUGCAGGGUGAUCUUCUCUGAGCUCUCAUAUUGAGUGAGUUGGGGUGGGAAGAGAAGGGAUGCAUCAUUUUCCCUGAGGCCAGUUUCCUACAACAGCCUUGUCUUUGCCUUCAGUCUUGAUGUUGCAAUUCCACAAGAUGACCAGAAAGCCCCAAAACAAAACACUGGCAGUGUUUCUAAUGCAAACCCAGCUGAGCAGAGCAACUGAGGAUGCUUUUAGAGGCUUUCUUUACCCAUUAGAAGUGAAAUCCUCAUCUUUUGCAGGUCACUUUUUUAUUACAUGUAUGCACAGGGGAGAGCAGAAAGCCAGGUCCUGAACAUGGAGAAGUGAAUUCUUUUAGGAGAGGAAAGUGCUAGAAAUUGGGCUUUCUGUGCACAGAGCCUGUGUGUGGCAGGGGGGGACCAGCUCCAUGCUGGUGUGUAACCAGUCCUCCCUGCCCCUCUCCCUGACUCGGAAUGUAUUCCCAUAUUCCCAUCACCAUUUCUCUGCUGCUUCCUGCACCAAGCUCUGUUGCUUGAGCCACGUGGAUGGCAGGUUGGGUGAACAUAAAGCAGGGCUGGAGUUCCCAUGCCCUGGGCAUUACUGGUGACCCAGCUUUAGUCCCAGAGGGCAAGGGAAGCAAUUCCAGGUGUCACUAUGGUACUGUGUUCUCUCUGCCUUCGUUGUUGCUUUGUUGGAGAGUGGACUCCUGCCACAGGAGGUGUGCUGGAGCAGUUCACCCGGGCUGCACAUGGAAUUGUGUGGAAUGACUUGAAGCUUUGUAAGUAAAUGGGAGAAAAACCACUGUGUUUUCUGCCUAUGUGUAAUAAAAGGGAAGGGAGGAAACGGAA